AUGUUUAGAAACGUCUUCAAAAGUGGCAUUCGUGCCAUAUACAACGUUUCAGAAACUCCAUCGUUUCAUUCCGAUUACUGGGAAAUAUAUCCAGCUAAGCAUAAGCAAACGGGAAAGGUUGUUUCUGUACAUAUUUUCGAUAAAACAAGUUUCGAAAAUCUUGUUUCUAAGUUAUGUUCUAACUCUCCUAACACCAAGAACCCCCGGCUCAUUACCACGGAAUGCUACGAACUUAUCAGAACUGGUGUUUCGCAACUUACUAAGCUCAAGCAUCCGCAAAUCCUCACAGUCAUAGAGGCUCUAGAAGAGACUAAACUGAAGUUUCUCUUUGUUACCGAACCGGUGGUAGGGAACUUACAGACCAUCGGUUUCGAUGAGAACAACGCUGCAGAACUCCAGAAAGGUAUUUUGGAAGUAGCAAAGGGCGUACAAUUUUUGCACAAUGUAUGCGACACGGUUCACAUGAACAUUCAGCCCAAUUCAAUAUUUGUUAACAGCCUGGGUGACUGGAAAUUAUCCUCGUUUUACUUCUUGAGGACGCUUCAGGAGAUAACCCCUCGAGAUCGUGAAAACUACCUCAUCAUGGAUGUGACCUCGGUGGUUCCUUUUGCUAAUUUAAAUCUUAAUUACGUUGCUCCGGAACUAAUAUUGGAUACUGUUGGAACCGGGCUAGCAUUUGCAAACGACGUAUGGUCAAUUGGUCAGCUUAUUUUCUAUCUCUACAAUAGGGGCGAUUGUCUCUUAGCGUGCUUUGACAAUACUAGUAUCUUCGAGUAUAAGCAGGCGUUUAAGAAGUUUGAGCAGCGCUUCUAUAAUCAUUCUGCUUCACAACUAUCAUAUAUCUUUCGACUGGUUCCAGAACAACUUUGGCUAACUUUAAUGAAGAUUCUAGCGAGAUAUCCUGCCGACCGUCUUACUAUUGAUCAGUUUAUUGAAAGCGAUUUUUUUAACGGUAGUCUCAUCAAAACUAUGUGGUUUAUAGAUGAGUUUUCGACUAAAUCUCCAGAAGACAAACUUAUCUUCUUGAAUGGGGUACUAGACAACGAAGCGCUCAUCAAAGAAUUACCAAGCACAUUCAAGAACAAUAAACUACUUCCACUUAUGAUUGAAACUAUAUUUAAUGAGUUAGCAUGCACAUCAUCGAAAACACCUUCCCUAACCCUGAACAAUCUUGUGUCUAAGGCCCUUGAAUUGGUAAUGGUAGUGGGCAGUGAUUUGUCCAAUCUUUCAUUCCAAGAUCGCAUUUUUGGUGCGCUUCUCGUUGACAAAUCAUCCAAAAAGAACCCUGCAAGUCCCCUUCAGUCACUUGUGACAUAUUCAAUCAGUGUACGGUUAGUUUUGGUGAGAAAGCUAUCCAUCUUGCACAAAAAACUCAACGGAAAGGACUUAACUACAAUUCUCAAACUUCUCUCCACGCUAUGUCUCACGUAUGUGCCAAAUGAAGUGGAUCUGGAGAAAGAGCAAAUUGAGUUACAGGAUAUGUUCUUAGGGAGUUUGAGUACAGUUGUUGAUCUGUUUGAUUAUCUUCAUAUAAAGAAUGAUUUACUUCCCUUGAUAUGCCAAGUUUUCAAGACGACUACCAUCUUGUCUACCAAAUUGCAGACAAUGGAGACCUUUCGGUUAUUUGUGAACAAGAACAUCAUUGAUGAAGCAACUAUUAAGGACUCUAUCUUACCCGUCUUUCAAAAUCUCAAAAGUCGGGACAAGAGAGUUGUGGAUUCUGCAAUCAACUACUUCGUUGACCAGACGAACAGUGGAAUAGUCAAAGGCUUCGACAGUCUGGUUGAGCUGCUGCUCUCACAGUGUCUUCGUUUAGCCUUUGGGUGUGACAACUGCAAUAGAAAUGAAUUUAUCAGGUUUAUGGAUACUAUCAAAGCUAUUCAAGACACAUUGGUCGAGAAUCGGUUGAAGGAAUUACCUGCUGAGAGAACUCCUGUCAAUGAGCUGCAGAAACCGGGUACUUUUGACGCAUUGAUCAAUUCUGCUCUGAUCAAGGGCGGUUCCAGAGAUUCGGCCGAACAAGUUCCUAGACUGAAAAUUUUGCAACCUAACCGUAACUAUGCCAUGCUGAUGAACGCAGAAAUGCAAAACUUGAAUACCUCACUAGACAUCCAACAUCCUUCAAUGACGCUAAUCAGUCUACUCUAG